AUCCACCUCAGUGUUGUCCGGAAGCCGUCCUCAGAUGUCCCAGCCUUCCGGGAGGCCCCGGAGUUCCGCAACGGGGAGCCGUGCGGCCCACCGGACUCCGACCCCAUCCACAUUGCCAUGACCCUCGACGCCAACUACCUCCGGGGGACGAUGGCGGCGGUGCUCUCCAUCCUGCAGCACUCGACGUGCCCGGAGAACGUGGUCUUCCACUUCCUGUGGGCCCGAUUCAACCCGGAGGUUUUCUCCAGCAUCAACUCCACCUUCCCCUACCUCAACUUCCGGGUCUACCGGUUCGACUCGGCCCGGGUCAGGGGCAAGAUAUCGAAGUCGAUCCGGCAGGCGUUGGACCAGCCGCUGAACUACGCACGGAUCUACCUGGCGGACAUAAUCCCGGUGGAGGUGCAGCGGGUGAUAUACCUGGAUUCGGAUCUAGUGGUGGUGGACGACGUGGGGAAGCUGUGGGAGGCGGAGAUGGGUGGGAAGGUGGUGGCAGCGCCGGAGUACUGCCACGCGAACUUCACGGAGUACUUCACAUCGGCGUUCUGGGGGGACUCGGGGCUGGCGGGGACUUUCGAGGGGCGGCGGCCGUGCUACUUCAACACGGGAGUGAUGGUGAUGGACGUGAACAAGUGGAGGAGGGGGAGUUACACGGAGAAGGUGGAGGAGUGGAUGGGGGUGCAGAAGCAGAAGAGGAUAUAUCAGCUGGGGUCGCUGCCGCCAUUCCUUCUGGUGUUAGCCGGAGACAUAACGGCGGUGGAUCACCGGUGGAACCAGCACGGGCUGGGGGGAGAUAACAUCGAGGGGAAGUGCAGGAGCCUUCACCCGGGGCCCAUCAGCUUGCUGCAUUGGAGUGGGAAGGGGAAGCCAUGGCUGCGAUUGGAUUCCAGGAAGCCCUGCGCGGUGGACCACCUGUGGGCCCCAUACGAUCUUUACCGCUCCGCCAAGCACUCUCUUGAUGAAUGA